GUAAAGCAGUGAACGACCACACGUGUUGACAACACGUUUUAUUCGUUUUGUCAUUUUCAUUUUUAUUUGGCCUCUGGACACUCGUCAAUUUCGAGGGAAUAGUUUUUUUUAGGGAAUACGUAAAAAGGAUUUUCGAGUUUCGUUUAAAAAUUUGAGGAUUUUUUUGAGGUUCAGAAAUGGAGGAAAUAUCGAAGGAUCCUCGUUUCGCUCACGUCCCGAAGGACCCGAAGUUCCGGCGAAUUCCAAAAAGCGAGAGGAAGAUAAAAAUCGACAAGAGAUUUCAGUCGAUGUUCAAAGACAAGAAUUUUAAAGUCACGUACACGAUAGACAAGCGAGGACGACCCCUGAAGAAAUCAUCGGCCGAGGACCUGGAGAAAUAUUACGAGCUCUCUUCAGAAAGUGAGGAUGACCCCGAGGAAAAACCGAAGAGAAUCGAGAAGAACUCCCAGAAGAAGUCCUCCAGGACUUCGAAAAAACCCCAAGAGAAAAAAAAAUCUCUCGAAAAUUCAACGGUCGAUGAAACGGACAAUGGUCCAGAGGACGAGCAAUCAGAAAGUCAAGAAGAUCUUGGGGGAGAUGAGGAGAAGAACGAGAAGCAGCUGCAGUUGAGAAGGAAAAAUGAAAGUACGGGUAUAUCGAGGGAGAUAAAAACGAAAUUACGGGAUUUGUCAGUGGAUUAUGCGAGAGGAGAGGGUGCUCUGGUGUCAGACAGUUCCUCUGACGACGACUCCUCAGAGGAAUCAGACGAGGACGAGGGGAUCGAGCACAUGUGGGGAGAGCUGGACAGAGAAGCUGAUACGACUGAUGAAAUCACAUCGAGGCUGGCAGCCUGCAACAUGGACUGGGAUAGGAUUCGUGCGGUGGACCUGAUGGUCUUAUUCAACUCGUUUCUUCCACCAGGAGGCCUCAUCCACUCUGUCACGAUUUAUCCGUCAGAGUUUGGCCUCGAGAGGCUGAAGGAGGAGGAGAUGAAGGGCCCAAUCGAGCUCAGAGACAACGAUGAGGAUGAAUCUGGAGGGGAGGACGACGAGGAGGGCAACGAUUUCCACCGGGAGAAGCUCAGGCAGUACCAGUUGAACAGGCUGAAGUAUUACUACGCUGUUAUCGCCUUUGAUUCGAAGGCGAGUGCCAACAAGAUCUACACUGAGUGCGAUGGCCACGAGUACGAGUCAACUGCUACGAAAAUAGACUUGAGAUUUAUUCCUGAGGACAUGGAGUUCGAUCAGACACCCAAGGAGAUCUGCGACAAGCUUCCUGAUGUCUCCAAGUAUCAACCCAGACAGUUUACCACGACUGCCCUGCAGCAGGUCAAGGUCCAGUGCACCUGGGACGAGACGAAGCUCGACAGACAGGAGAUCACAAAAAAAAUUAACUCCGGAAAGAUUGAUGAUAUCGAUGAGAAUGAUAUCAAGAUUUAUUUGGCGAGUGGCAGCAGCGACGAAGAGGCUGAUAUUGAAGAAGGAGGGGUUGACGACGAUAUCGACGGUAAAAUAAAUCCACUGGAUAAAUACAAAUCCCUGUUGAAGUCAAUAGAGCAGCAGGAGGAAGAGAAGAAGAGGAAAAGCGGGGAUCUGGAGUUCACGUGGGGUCUGGGUACCAAGGAGAAGGCUGAGAAACUUGUCGAGAAGAAGAUGAAGGAGUCUGAGAAGCUGACGCCCUUCGAGCAGUACCUGGAGAAAAGAAAAGAGAAGAAAAAGGCGAAGAGGGAGGAGAAGAAGAAGCUGAAGAACCCUGAGGUCGAUCAAGCCUCUGACAGCGAGGACUCAGUGCCUUCUGACGUUGAUAUGAAUGAUCCAUACUUUGCUGAAGAGCUGGGGAAAACACGAGUCGAGGAGAAGUUCCCGAGGAAAAGGGAUAAAGGUUCUAGUGAUGAGAGUGAUGGGGCAGCCCAGAGGGAGGCUGAACUCGAGCUUCUGCUUCUAGACAGAGAGGACGAGCAGAAACGACACUUCGACAUGAAAAAAAUUGAGGAGACUGAGGCUCUCACCAAGUCCAAGAAAAAACGGCUGAACAAGAGGAAAAAGGAGCAAGUGGAGAAUGCCCCUGAGGAUGAUUUCCAGGUGAAUGUUGAGGAUCCCAGGUUCGGUGCUCUCUUCACCUCCCACCACUUCAAUAUCGAUCCUGCUGACUCCCACUACAGGAAGACCAAGGGCACAGAGGCACUCAUCAAAGAAAAACUCAAGAGAAGAGCCAAUGGGGAGGUGCAGGCGGAAGUAGUAACGAAGCAGUCGAGAAGUGGAACAAACAAGGAAAUUAAUUCCGAUCUGGCAGCUCUUAUCAAAUCUGUUAAAAGGAAUACUAAAAAUGUCAUGAAACCCAUUAAAUAAAUCGUCAUUAUUCGCUCA